CCCGCCGCUCCUUCUCUGCCCACCUACUAUGGGGCGCAGCUCCUCCCACCUGCCCAUAAAAGCCAAGCGCAUGUCACCAGCAGCGGAGCAGAGCACUUUCCCGGUCCUCUCCUGUGGGAGCCCCCAGCCUCUCUUCUGGAUCUUACAUGCUCAAGGUUUUCUGGACUUGGAGAAAUAACACUUAAGGAAGAGGGUGGAGAGGAAGGAAAGAAGCUGUUCCGGAAGUGGAGUAGCAUUGGGUGAAGAGACAGAAACCAGCCCCAGACGUGCCACAGGAAAGCACAAGCAAGGACGAUAGUCCUCGAUUCCGCAGGCGGGCCGAGUCUAUAUGUGAUGGCUGGUCCACCUGCCCUUCUGCAGCUGCUGGGAGUACUGCUUACCAUUUCCCUGGGUUCCGUCCGGCUCAUCCAAGCUGGUGCCUACUAUGGCAUCAAGCCGCUGCCACCUCAAAUUCCUCCUCAGAUUCCACCGCAAAUUCCACAGUACCAGCCCCUGGGCCAACAAGUACCUCACAUGCCUUUGGGUAAAGAUGGCCUUAACGUGGGCAAGGAGCUGCCCCACAUGCGGUAUGGCAAAGAGUAUCCACAUCUACCCCAAUAUAUGAAGGAAAUUCAGCCGGCACCAAGAAUGGGCAAGGAAGCAGCACCCAAGAAAGGCAAAGCAGAAAUACCAUUAGCCAGUUUACGGGGGGAGCAAGGUCCCCGUGGAGAGCCUGGCCCAAGAGGACCACCUGGGCCCCCUGGUUUACCAGGUCAAGGGAUACCUGGAAUCAAAGGAAAACCAGGGCCACAGGGAUAUCCAGGAAUUGGAAAGCCAGGUAUGCCUGGAAUGCCAGGAAAGCCAGGAGCCAUGGGAAUGCCUGGGGCCAAAGGUGAAAUUGGACCCAAAGGGGAGAUCGGACGCAUGGGGAUCCCAGGACCUCAAGGACCUCCAGGGCCUCACGGACUUCCUGGCAUUGGGAAGCCAGGUGGGCCAGGGUUACCAGGGCAACCAGGUGCCAAAGGUGAGCGAGGACCCAGAGGACCACCAGGACCUCCAGGCCUUCAGGGUCCUAAAGGAGAGAAGGGCUUCGGGAUGCCAGGUCUGCCAGGCCUGAAGGGUCCUCCAGGGAUGCAUGGCCCUCCCGGCCCUGUCGGACUUCCAGGAGUGGGCAAACCAGGAGUGACAGGCUUCCCUGGGCCCCAGGGCCCCCUGGGAAAGCCAGGCCCUCCAGGCGAACCUGGGCCACAAGGCCCUAUAGGGGUCCCAGGGUUUCAAGGACCUCCUGGGAUGCCUGGAAUUGGAAAACCAGGCCAGGAUGGGAUCCCUGGGCAGCCAGGAUUUCCAGGUGGCAAAGGGGAGCAAGGACUGCCAGGACUGCCAGGACCCCCAGGCCCUCCAGGGAUCGGGAAACCCGGCUUCCCAGGCCCCAAAGGCGACAGGGGCAUAGGGGGUCUUCCUGGGGCUCUGGGACCAAGAGGGGAGAAAGGACCAACAGGUGCCCCUGGACUGGGGGGCCCCCCAGGAGAGCCAGGCCUGCCUGGAAUCCCAGGUCCCAUGGGCCCUCCAGGGGCUAUCGGUUUCCCUGGACCCAAAGGAGAAGGUGGGGCUGUGGGGCCACAGGGGCCACUAGGUCCCAAGGGUGAGCCAGGGCUUCAAGGCUUCCCAGGAAAGCCAGGUUUCCUUGGUGAAGCGGGGCCCCCCGGCAUGAGGGGUUUGCCAGGUCCCAUAGGGCCCAAGGGGGAAGCUGGGCAUAAAGGUUUGCCAGGGCUCCCUGGUGCCCCAGGGCUGCUUGGACCGAAGGGACAGCCAGGAAUCCCAGGAGACCAGGGCUUACAGGGGCCCCCAGGUAUCCCAGGGAUUGCAGGCCCGAGUGGCCCCAUUGGACCGCCUGGAAUUCCUGGCCCCAAAGGGGAACCGGGUCUCCCAGGGCCCCCUGGGUUCCCUGGAGUAGGGAAGCCUGGAGUAGCAGGACUUCAUGGCGCCCCAGGGAAGCCUGGUGCCCUUGGUCCCCAAGGCCAGCCUGGCCUUCCAGGGCCCCCAGGCCCUCCAGGGCCCCCGGGACUCCCAGCUGUGAUGCCCCCGACACCACCACCCCAUGGAGAGUAUCUACCAGAUAUGGGGCUGGGAAUUGACGGAGUGAAAACCCCCCACGCCUACGGGGCUAAGAAAGGCAAGAACGGAGGGCCAGCCUACGAGAUGCCUGCAUUUACCGCUGAGCUGACUGCGCCUUUCCCACCCGUGGGGGCCCCAGUGAAGUUUGACAAACUGCUCUAUAAUGGCAGACAGAACUACAACCCGCAGACGGGCAUCUUCACCUGCGAGGUCCCUGGGGUCUACUACUUUGCAUACCACGUUCACUGCAAGGGGGGCAACGUGUGGGUUGCUCUGUUCAAGAACAACGAGCCCAUGAUGUACACGUAUGACGAGUACAAGAAGGGCUUCCUGGACCAGGCGUCCGGGAGCGCGGUGCUGCUGCUCCGGCCCGGAGACCGGGUGUUCCUCCAGAUGCCCUCUGAACAGGCUGCGGGACUGUAUGCCGGGCAGUACGUCCAUUCCUCUUUUUCAGGGUAUUUAUUGUAUCCCAUGUAAGAAAGAAAAAAAGAGAGAAAUUUAAUAGAAGAAAAGAAAAGGAUGCACCAAAAAAUCCAAAUGGGAAACAUAAUUGCUUCAAAACAUUUAUAUAGUUGG